CCUCAAGCUGCAGAGUAGGUAGCGACGCGCUCAUGUAGUUCUAUGAAUAAGUUGUCAGUCGGCUGUGCGUUGGAGAUUUUUGGUGAUGUGUAUCUCAAGUCCUGCCAUCCUACUCCUUUUGCCGCAGUACCAAAGAGAUGUCGUCGGCAAGGGCACCCGCAGGACGAGCGAUCUUGGCCUUGUGCUUGGUGACCCUGCCCGAUGCGACACCAUGCUCCUGCUUCUGACGAGCCUCGCGCUCUCGGUUCAAAGCGCCCUUGUAAUCGUCUCGCUCAUCUUUCAACACCCGAUUGUCCUCACUCAACACCUUGUUGUCUUCACACAACUGCGUGUUCUCCCAGACCAGGUGCUUCGUCUUCUCCCAAACCUGGUGCUGAACAUCCAUCUGGGCUACCACAAGACCAUAUUUAGCCCUAUUAGCCUCGCUCUUGAACUGUUGCGCCUUUUCCAGCGCUUGAAUCUUGGUGUGGUAAUUAUCGCCGUCGUCGCCGUUGUCCUGGAUCUUCUCGUAGUAACCAGACGGGACGAUCGUGGCGUCCACGUCGUCCUCGUCGAUCUCUGCGCCCCUCGACUUCAAAUCCUCAUUCUCGUCCUUGACAUCUCGGAGCUCACGUCUGAGAUCCUCAUUGUCGUCUCUCUCUUCAUUGAGCUCCAGCGCCAUGUCGGCAAUCCGCUGAGAGAGGGCUAUGAUGAGGCCUUCCGGUGUGCCCGACAAAUCCAUCUGGGAGGAAGAAGAAGCCAU